AUGUCGAAAAAGUAUGAAGGUCUUGCCGUAGGGAUAGACUGUGGAACAACGUAUUCAUGUGUUGUUGUGUGGCUUGAUGAACACAAUAGAGUUGAAAUUAUUCACAAUUAUCAAGGCAAUAGAACUACACGUUCUUUUAUUUCUUUCAAAUAUGAUCAAAGGUUGAUUGGUGAUGUUGUUAAAAAUCAGGCUGCUUUAAACCCUACGAGCACUAUCUUUGAUGCUAAGAGAUUGAUUGGUAGAAAGUUUAGUGAUUCUGUUGUUCAAAAUGAUAUGAGGAUGUGGCCAUUCAAGGUGAUUGCUGAUGACAAUGAUAAACAUGUGAUUAUUAUUCAAUACAAGGGUCAAGAGAAGCACUUUUCUGCGGAGGAAAUAUCGGCUAUGAUUCUUAAAAAGAUGCUAGAGGUUUCGGAAAAUUUUCUAUCCUCCGAGCGGAAAGCCACCAUAGAAGCUGGUGCUAUUGCUGGCCUUAAUGUCAUUAAGAUAAUCAAUGAACCUAUUACUGCAGUUAUUGCAUAUGGUCUUGACAAGAAAAGUGAUUGUGAUGGAAAGCGAAAUAUUUUUGUCUUUGAUCUUGGUGGUGGAACUUUUGAUGUUGCUAUUCUCACAAUUAAAGUGGUUGAGGUUUACGAGGUUAGCAAGAUCCUAGAUUUAAUUGUUUAUAAAAUGAAAAGUCCUUUAAAGAAGGACUUUAAUUUAAAGUUGACCGCUCAAGAAUGCGGGGAGAUCAACAAUGCAAUGACUAUGGCUGUGAAUAUGCUUGAUGAGAACAGCAAAGAGAAAGACAUUGAUUUUCUUGAGGGUCAUCUAAAGAAGCUGGAGGACAUGUUGGAUCUCCUUGAACCCAAAACUGCUAUUAAGGAAAUCAACCACAAAUUUUCAUUCUAA